CCUCCAAGGUCAGCAGUCAUCUCUUCUUGGCCUGGGGGUCUUCUAGAGGGUUGGACCUCCUCGCCACCAUGAAAGGGUUGGGGACCAAUCGUAACAGACACCUGUCUGACUCCUGCGAGCCUUCCCCGGGCCAUGCAGAGGCCCUCUACUCUCAGAAGACCAGCACUCUCCCACGCAGCCCUUACCUGCUGAGUCCCACAAUGGACCACUAUGGCACCAUGGACCCUCACCUCUAUCCUUCAUCCAACCCAGGCUCCCUUCCACCAGAGUGCAUGCUGCCCCUCAACAACCAGCUGUCCAACAGCAGCACCUUCCCCAGGAUUAACUACAACUCCUAUGACCAGUCUGACUUCUCCCCACCUGGAGACAGCAUCGGCGGGAUAAGCACAGGGACCAUGGGCACGUCUGUGUCCAUGGGCAUGGGAACGGGUAUGGGCAUGGCAGGACUGAGUGCACGAACACCUAUGAUUACAAGCGGCUCAGCAACUAUAUCACAUCAUAUGACCAAGAACCAGGCACCAUCCAGUCUGCUGGAGUUUGAUAAGCAGCUACCUGGAGGCCGUGACGGAUUCAGCACGUUGCAGUUUCAUCGAACGUCCGCUGCUGUUGCCGCCAAGCAACGCACAGACAGUCCUGGACGCAUCCGAUACAUGCUGCACUCGGUGCAAAAGCUCUUUGCUAAGUCCCAGUCACUGGAGAGCCACAACAUGAAAGGUGUCAAUGGACGCUCCACUGGCAGUGGCGGAGGCUCGUCUAGCACUGAAGACGGAGGGAAGCAGAAUCGUAGAUCCAAAAGUAAAGAUCGGGGUACAAAAUCAGAGGCGACUGCAAAGCGACGGCCACGUUCCAACAUGUCAGGUUAUUGGAGCUCAGACGAUUUGGACAGCAGCGAUCUGAGCAGCUACCACAACACCAUGGCCAUGAUGACUCUGGGGCGUCCAACUGGCCAUGACAGCCAGGGGGGGCAGAGCAGAUACAUCCACAGUGGCUACAACACUAUCAGCUCCUCCAAAAGCAGCCAUGACAUGAAGUAUCAGACACUAGGGCCUGGGAGUGGAGGUGGUGGAUUAGGUGGAGCGGGAAGAAUGGUAGUUAAUGAUAGUGAGUAUAUGAAAGGAGGGUCCUGGUCCACACUGACCAUGGGCCAGCCGAGACAGGUGAUCCAGAAGGGCUCAGCUACUCUGGACAGGUCCAUGCUCAAGUCUAAAUCCUGCCAACCUGAACUAACCUGCAACUACCUGCAAGUUGGACGAAGGGGUGAUUGGAGUAGCACAUUAGGCCGCAGCGGGGGUGCCAAUGAAAUCCCAUGUCGGCGGAUGCGCAGUGGUAGCUACGUGAAGGCCAUGGGAGACAUGGAAGACAGUGACGACUCAGAGGGAAGCCCCAAACCCUCGCCAAAAACUGCCGCUCGUCGCCAGAGCUACCUCAGGGCUACGCAGCAGUCUCUGAGCGACCAGCUACCCCCUCGCAACAGAACCCUGGAUUACACCUUGUUGCAGGGGGAGCUGGAUGCCCUGUGGUCUCCGCUCCACAGUGUGUCCUCUCUGCACCAGCUGGGCAGGUCAAUGAGCAGCUGUCUUCCAUCUCUCAGAGAGCUCUCCAAUAAUCGCAGCCUGGACAACCUAGACUGCAUUGGGGGUACAGUCUCGUCCUUGCCACACUGGGAUGAUGAUGACUUCAGCCAGGCCUGCAGCACCUUGGGCAGACGUAGCUGCCUGGCACAGCUACGGGACCUGGAAAUGAGUCAUCAUUAUGAAGACCGCAGCUCCGAGUCCACAUACAGAGAUUCCCGUUCCCACUCUCAGGACAACCCAGAGCCUCCAGACUUGCCCAUGCCAACAUGCUUCCGAUCCCGCAGCCACAGCUACCUGAGAGCCAUCCAGGCUGGCUGUUCCCAAGAUGACGACACAGCAUCCAUAGACUCAGGCUGCUCACCACCUCCGAUUGACACCACUGUUCGCACCUACAGCACCAGCACUGUCUCCACAUGCAUAACCACCUGUAAGAAGGCUGCGCCUCCGCCAGUGCCACCCCGCACAACCUCGAAGCCCUACAUCUCUGUGACAGUGCAGAGUAGUACAGAGUCGGCCCAGGACAAUUACCUGGACCAGCAGGACCGGAGGUCGGAGGUCAACAGCCAGUCAAGCCACGCUCACAGCAACUCCUCCGACAGCCUUGACAGCACCCGUGCCAACAGCCUGGCCCGGGGUAUCCCCCGCCCUUCACACAUCAUCCCCACUCCCAUCGCCACCACGAGAGAUCCAAUCGCCCCCACCACCACUAAUGCUUCCACCGAGACAAGUGAUGCAGUAGUCCAGCAUGAAUCACUGAGAUCAGGAUUAAACAAAGGGAAUCUAGUGGCAGAGGAGCCCCUCGUGGCACCAGUGCCCAGGCGGAAACUGUCCUCCAUUGGCAUACAGGUUGACUGCAUUCAGGAAGUUCAGCGAGAGGAGACCCCACCAUUGGCCAAAUUUCAGUCAAUCGGAGUACAGGUGGAGGACGGGUGGCAGCUCAGUCGCUCCAGUAGCAUGGCCUCAAAACAAGAAACGGACUCAGACACACAGGACAUCCCUGUCAUCACCCAUAUCAAUAACGCCAGACACUCUGAGAAAAAAGUCAUGGUCAAUAGUGCCAGCCAAUCCACAAGCUCCCCUCCCGGACAGGACUAUUUAGACAACGGAGACACUACCGGUGACACCUCUUCACCCCCACCGCCCAGGCAGAUCCUCAACCGCUCAACCACACGAAGUAGCUCUUCCUCCUUCUCAGAAAGUCUGGACCCAGCACUGGACCCCUCAUCCCUACCGCCUCCAGACCCUUGGCUGGAGAGCGGGAACGGGAGCAACAGCAACGUUCCCCAGAGCGGAGGAGGGGGGACGCUGUGUCGGAGAGACGGCCACUGGUUUCUGAAGCUGCUGCAGGCCGAGACGGGACGCAUGGAAGGCUGGUGCCAGCAGAUGGAGCAGGAGACCAAAGACAACCAGCUCUCAGAGGAGGUGCUGGGGAAGGUUCGCAGUGCAGUAGGAUGUGCCCAGCUCCUUAUGUCCCAGAAGUUUCAGCAGUUCCGGGGACUGUGUGAACAAAACUUGAAUGUGAAUGCCAACCCGCGGCCCACCGCCCAGGACCUGGCAGGUUUCUGGGACCUGCUGCAGCUCUCCAUCGAGGACAUCAGCCUCAAGUUCGAUGAGCUCUACCACCUCAAGUCCAAUGACUGGCAGCCCAUGCCGUCUGCGGCUGCCCAGUCGCCCCCUGAGCGGAAGGACGAGGAGAAGGAGACCACUCCAGCGUCAAAGAAGCCCGGUAAGGGACGACCAUCGCUGGGCCGCGAGAAGAGCGCAGACUCCUCAUCCACCUCUUCUUCGGCUUCAGCAGAGAAGCAGAGACAUGAGGCUCGCAAGCGUCUACUGGCUGCUAAAAAGGCCGCCUCGUUUCGCCAGAACUCCGCCACAGAGAGCGCGGACAGCAUCGAAAUCUAUGUCCCCGAGGCCCAGACUCGUCUCUGAGAGAGACAGUGAGAGGGAAGGAAAUAGGGGUCGGAUCAAAGGACAGAUAAGUAUCACUGAAAUACCUGGAAAAAGGAGAGGAAAACUUUUGCAAUGCAAAUGAGCUACUCUGAGUACAGCUGGAUGGAGGUGGGGGGAGGAGAGAUGAAAUUCUCAGAGAUAGGGGUGGGUGUGGAUUUGGGCAUUUUUGACACACACAUACAGUUAUAGGCUGGUCCUGGUGGCAUCAAACACUUAUUUAACACAACAGAAGCAGAGAAAUGGAACUUUGGUGGACUUGACAGACUUUGAAGCAGGAGACUCCUCACUUGAGGCUGCCAUUGAAAACCUCAGCUGAUGAACUUUGUCCUUUCUUGUUACUACUCUUGAUAUCAUAAAAUUGUUAAUGAAGGUAUUGUUAUUAUGACGAUUAUAUCCUAAAGAAUCUAUAUGAAGACUGUUUUAAACGUUCCUCUAUCUUGGCUAUAAGAUCUAUUAAGUGGACAGAAGGCAAACUCUCUCUUCUGUCUCCCAUCGUCCUCCUCUCUUCCCAGAUCAUUGGCCAUCUUGUAGCUUUGCACAACACCGCCUUGUGGCCAUCACACACUCACACACAUAACACUGCGCACACUACAUCCACUGCACUCACACACCACAAACUCACACCUAUGUAUGUCUUCCUUGUAUUUAUUUGUUUACUUUACUCAUCCUUUGUUUUGUAUAAAAAUCCAUUUAGAUCUGGUUAUUCUGAAUAUUUUUGGUAUGCUGAAACUUGAGAGUCAGAUUUGAAGGGGUGUUUAUAUAGUUCCUAACAAUUAACUCUUGUGUGUGUCCUUCAAAAUGUUCUUGUGUCAAAGAUUUUAAACACUGGUGAGAAUCUGUAAAGUUUAGUUUCUUAAUGAUUUUUAAUGAAAGCACAUCCCGAUACCGAUGACGACCGAGCAUGAGGAUCUCUAUUUCAGUCAGAAUGUCAGCGGCCACUAUUACUCACUAUUGUUUUCUUUGUAAGGAAAAUGUCUUCAACUUUAAAAAAGAAAUCUCUUCUGCUUCUCUCUGUCCCAUUAACGUUGGUUGGUUUUCAUGUUUGUGCUGUAAACGCAGACGCGUCAAUAUUUCAGUCAAGGUAUUUUUUUGUCCCAUCUGUUUGUUUAAUGCUUCUUUAAGUGCUUUUAUUAACCUCACUUAGCACUCAACUCGCACAUCUCAAAUGAAUCUAGGGCUUUUACUGAAGUAAUGCAGCAGAGGUAUUUUUGGUGGGGACACACGUUAGGACACGUGUCUUGCUGUUAUUUUUUUAUACUAUGUUUCCAAAAGCAUUCAUGAUUUAUUUUGCCUCCCAUCACUCAACAAAAAUCAAUCUUAGUUCUUUGUUACCAUUUUUGUUUCCCCUCAUUGAACAUCAUCCAAAGUACCUGCACUUUUUUAUUCAAAGAAAAAAUAUUUAAUUAAAGCAUUGCAUACAUUAGUCUUUGUGUUUUCAUCAUUUAUUAAAUGCUGCUUGCUUUUUUUCUUUAAGGAAGACUGCAUAAGCCAAAGAUGAAUUCACCGUCUCUAAUUCAUCUGACGUAUUUAAAUGUCAGCAGCAGGGAGCUCGACAGUAACAGUGCUUACUGUAAAAAUAGAGUGGAGUGUAGCCACAGCACAUGUAUUACAGGGUUGUUAUUUUCAUAUGCACAUGCCCGCAAACUUUCAUUUCUGACCUCUAGAGGGCAACAGUGGUUAAUUUUCAAUCCAAGAUGCAGUACAGUGUAGUAUGCAUACAAUGAAAAGGCAUUCUCUCUAUAAGACAACAUGCAGCCCUGCCCUUUUUUGCAUUACGGGGACACAUUGUGUGGAUUACACAUAUUUACAGACUCCUCUGUCUCAUUUGAAGCCAGUUCCCAAAACAAAGAGGCCUCUUGGGUUUGUGAGUCAGGAUUUCUCUCAGAAAGUACACAUCCAACCAUAAAGUCAAUCCCGACAUGCCUUACAUUCAACCGCAGUUGUUUGCCUGUCUUCCACUCACAUUUGGUUUCUUCCCCCAAAUGGUAAGCAAACCUAACUUCCCCUCCCUAAUUAGUUAUGUUAAACCAUUGAGACUGCAUCGCUUCGGCUGCUGCAAUGCCUCUUCCUCACCCACUGUGACCCAAAAAUGCAGCCUGAGGCUUUGAAUUGGAAAAGCCCGAUGACCACUAUUCUCUCUCUAUCUCGGCAAGAGCUUUCUCCUGAUGGCGGGUCUUUGUUUGUCUGUUGUGUUUGCCGGCUGGGGGUGACACUCAGCAAGGAAAAUGGCUCAGGGGUGUCAAUAGUCUGUUCCCUGGUUGCUGUCAAUGCCCCCCUCCAUUUUAGUGGGGUGGAUAGCAUCGUUAGCACCUGAAGGCCUUUUAUGUGACUUGAACGCCGUCGUUGGCUUGAUUUGAUUUUUGACUGCCAGGAAAAAGUUGUGUGUCUGACAAGUUGUUUUUCUGAAGUGAGCUAGUGAUGUCUCGGUGUUCAGACAGAUUGUGAUUAACACAUUGUGAAUGAUUUAUGUCAUGGAUAUUAUUAGAAUAUUCAAUCUUAAUAAGUCUCAAGGAUAAUUUUUGUGUCAACAACGUAGGUUGAAGGCAAUAUAUUGCACCAACUAGAUUUAAAUCUUUCCCAUAUGCAACUAUUGCCAGAAUAUUUUUAACAUUUAAAACAAUUUCAUAACGUAUCAUUUUCCUUUUUUUCCCCAUUUGCCACAUUUUCAGGCCCCAACCCUGCUGUCACCAUUCCUCACACAAAACCGCAGGCCUGCCUCACUUGAACGCAGAUCAAAUACAAUGUGGCAUCUCGCAUACGCUGAGGGAAGGAGGGCAGGAACACAGAGAAAGUUGCUCUAUGAUCUCACCAACACAAACUGAAAAAGUGAUGUUUUUCCAGCCCGCUAAAACUUGGAUGAGUAAAAUGCCAAGAUAUGUCAGUGACAGACUUAAAGAGAGAAAAGAGAGCUCACCUCAUACAUUUAAACAAGGCUUCCCUCCAAUACACACAGAUAUCACUGGGACACACCUAGGUCUAUUUCCUGGGUAGAGUUAUCCAUGAUCCAAACAGCUGCACUGUGGGGGGUUUUGUUGCUGUAAAGCCAUUGAUUUGAGGGUGAUAAUGGUCCCCCAUAUAGGUUUGAUGGAUCUGGCCUUUUAAAGUCAAAACUGUCAUAGUAUCAGCAUUUGCUUAAGCAGCGGUCUGUUUUGGUAAAGCUUCACUUUGAGAAGUAAAGUGGAUUCUCAAUGCUUGUACUGUGCCUCCUUCAAUCACAACAGUGCAGUUGGUAGAAUAUUAUCAUCCAUGAAUGCAAGGAAAAAAGUUUAAAUGUUAAGCAAGAGGAAAUACAAUUAAUUAUUUACAGGGUGGCUAUGAUCCAAAUUGUACCAUAUCUUCUUUGAUAUCUAUGUACCUUUUUACUUUUUACCUCUAAAAAAGGAUUGACAUCACACAUUAUAUAAAGUGUAGCUACCCUUUCAGAUUGUUUUAUGCAUUUCUCUGCAUUCCAGGGCUGAGAAAAAAAGUAUGAUCAGUAGAGGCUACAAGAGAAUAUACUACAUGGAAGCACAUAUAUGCCAGUGUGAUGAAAAAAAGACCCCAUAAGUCUUCAUAAUUAGAAACUUUCUCAGAAUAAUGACCUAAUAUCUCGAAACAAUGAGAAACUCUGGGUUCAUCUGGGUUAGUAUCUCAAAAUAAUGAAAAACUCUCAAAAUGAGUUACUUAUCCUAAAAAAGACUUCAUUUCUCUCUUUAAGAAAAAGCUAAUUUUCUCAAAAUAAUGACUAUAUAACCAGAAACUCAAAAUCAAGAAUUAGUACCUCAAAACAAUGGGAAACUUUCUCAAAAUAAUGACUUAGUGACUCAAAAUAACUAGAAACUUUCACAAAAUAAUGACUUAGUAUCUCAAAAUAACUAGAAUCUAUCACAAAAUAAUGACUGUGACUCAAAAUAACUAGAAAUUUUCACAAAAUAAUGACAUAGUAUCUCAAAAUAACUAGAAUCUAUCACAAAAUAAUGACUUUGUGACUCAAAAUAA